AUGCAACCUGUACCUGCAAAUGGAAUUUCUCAUGCUGGUAUUAAUACUCAGGUUGUUCAAUAUGAAACACCUCCACAACUUGGCCCUGGACAUGCUAUGGUGCCACCACCUGCUUAUCCAUAUCUGGAUCCCUACUACAAAAGCAUGUUUGCUCCCUAUGACGCACAAGCUUAUUUGCCACAGCCCUAUGGUACACACCCAAUGACCAAUCUUCAGCUAAUGGGAAUUCAGCAUACUGAUGUUCCUUUUCCUUCUGAUGCAGUCGAGGAGCCUGUAUUUGUCAAUGCAAAAUAG